GCCAUGGAUUCCUGGGUCACAUGCGUGGGUUUCCUGUAGCCAGAAGCAACAGAAGAUGCUUGGACCAAAAAUCCAGAGCCAUUUUCAUUUAAGAAAAAGAGGAUCGGCUGUAGAUGGCUUGCUGACUGGGUGCCCUGACUAGACCCGUCUGCUAAUUUGGGGGGUUUUCUUUGUCUCAUCUGUGCUUUUGAAUAUUUCAAAUUCAUAGCAAACCGGUUUUGUCCACAUUCAUAGACUGAUAACAGGAAUGAGUAUAGAAAUUCCUGAAGGACUGACGGAGCUGUUACAGAGCUUUACCGUGGAAGUGUUGAGGAAUCAGCCCAGGGAUUUGCUAGAGUUUGCAUUACAGUACUUCACCCAGCUGAAGGACCGUGAGACCAAAGAGGCCUCAUUUGGAAAUGACCAAAAUUCGGCCCCGAGACCUGGAAAAGCGGUCAAUUUCAUUGACGAAGCCAUGCAGAUCGAUUCGGAAAACGGGGAGGAGGACGACGACGACGAUGACGACGGAUUCUUAGCAGCCCCAGUAAUAAACAGAUUCAUCAGAAGAGCAUCAGUGUGUGCUGAAGCAUUCAACCCUGAUGAAGAUGAGGAGGAUAAAGAGCCAAGGGUAACCUACCCAAAAACGGAUGAGCAGAGACAGAGGCUACAGGAAGCAUGUAGAGACAUUCUCCUGUUCAAGAAUUUGGAUCCGGAAGAGAUGUCUCAGGUGCUGGAUGCCAUGUUUGAUAAGUUCUGCACUGAGGGGGAGCACAUCAUUGACCAAGAUGAUGAUGGGGACAACUUUUAUGUCAUUGAAAGUGGGAUGUUUAACAUUUUUGUGAAAGUUGAUGGCACAGAAAAGCUGGUAGGCUGCUAUGACAACAGAGGCAGCUUUGGAGAGCUAGCAUUGAUGUACAACACCCCCAGGGCAGCUACUAUAAUUGCCACCUCACCUGGAGCCCUUUGGUGCCUAGAUCGACUAACAUUCAGGAGGAUCAUAGUGAAGAACAACGCCAAGAAGAGGAGGAUGUAUGAGGCAUUUAUUGAAACGCUACCACUGCUUACAUCAUUAGAGCUCUCAGAGAGAAUGAAAGUAGUAGACGUGCUAUCCACCAAGGUGUACAGUGAUUCACAGCAGAUUAUUGCUCAGGGUGAUUUAGCAGAUUGCUUCUACAUUGUUGAGUCUGGUCAAGUCCGAAUCACCAUGAAAAGAAGCAGGACGAAAAAGGACCAAGAGGAAGAGGAGGUGGAUAUCGCGACGUGUUCUAGGGGCCAGUAUUUUGGGGAGUUGGCACUUGUUACAAACAAGCCCAGAGCUGCAUCAGCCUAUGCUGUGGGGAGCGUGAAAUGCUUGGUGAUGGAUGUUAAAGCCUUUGAGAGACUGCUGGGCCCAUGCAUGGACAUCAUGAAGAGGAACAUUGCUAACUAUGAGGAGCAGCUGGUUGCCCUGUUUGGAAGUAGCCCUGAGACUGAGCAACAAAUAGCAUGAGAGCGCUCUAAUGGACCAGGAUUCAUGGAUGAAAAAAAGGCUUGUAUGGAUGUUUUCCCACAUAACCACUAAAACAGCUUUUCUUAUAAGAAAUGUAAAUACCCACUACAACAUUUGUGUCUCAGAUAGAUAAAACUGUCUGCAUAAGUUCCCCAAAUUAGAGGUUCAUUUUAACAGCAUUUGCUACUGGGUGUUAUGAUAAAAGUAAGCCAAAGCACAGUGCUUAAAACUCGACAUUUCUCAUGACUCUCACUUUUAAAAUAUAAGUGUACAUUUUACUUGUAUCUGUAUGUUGAACACUUUUGUUAACUCUCACCUUACCUCCACGGUGUUAUAGUUACACUCACAGUAAAAUGUUUGUAAAUUUAUAAGCAUUGUUAGUUAAAACCAGAUGCCAAAGCUAAUUUCUUACUGGAUAGUUGUGAGCAAAUGUGUCACAUUCUCUUGUCAUUUUUUGGCAAGACCACUAACACUUGAGGUGUGAGCACCCCACACCUUGAAAAGGAAGUUGAAUCGAUUGUAUUUGAAUGACAUCUUUCACAUUUUGGUCACAACUGAAUGUAGACUUGGCAGCAUUUAAACAUUUUUUUUUUUACAAAGUACAUUUUUGUUUAUCAUAAGAUUAGUUCCCUGAAUACAUCUACAUAAAUGAUCUCAUUGUUGGUAAGUGUUUGUGGCUGUAAGCCAAUGCUGCUUUUGCAAAAAAGAAGAAAAAAACAAAACAAAUUAAUUCACAGAGAUAGCUCAUACUUUUGUAAGAACAUCCAACACAUUGCUGUUCAGUUUAGAACUGAAUAUUUAAUGUUAUUAUAUAGGCCCACCAUUAAUAAGUUAGUGUAGUCAUUAUGAGCAAUGUCUUGAGACAGAUGGUUUUCUUGUGUUUAAAUGUAAAAUUUUAGUCACAUUGUUUUUGCGUUGGUGAAACAUAUAUUCUGAUUAUGACAUACAUCAUUGCUGUCUACCUCUGCCAACAACUUAACUGUUUGGGAACAUAUUCUGAUAUUCGCUCUCAAUAAGGAUCCACAGUGGGUCAUGUCUCACUUCUUCUCUGUCUUUUUAAAAUUAAUAAUUGAAGCCAUCUGUAUUUUGUCUGUGGUUUACUGCAGCUUAAACAGUUUAACGGUUUAACAUUUAAACAUUCUGAAUUUAUUCCCCACACCCCCGUGCAGGAAGUACUGGUAAUUUUUGAAGGCACACCCAAAACACUGGCUGAUAGUACAUAUGUUUCACUUUUCAUGUCAAUAAAUAACAUUUUUAUAUUUGCGUGUCACACUGUUAUUUGUUACAUUAAAGUAAUAGUGCACUUUCAAAGUUUUUCAUUCAAGUAAGAUUUUAUAGCCCUAUAUCAUUGCCUCAAGGCCCCACCAUUCAGUCACUCAUUCACCAUUCAUUCAUUCAUUUCUUGUUGAUACAGAUCACUAGAUCUUGUAGCAAAAAGUUAAAGGAGUUAUUUAA